CUUCAGAGUCAAUCUUGCACUCCAGCUGACACGAGGUACCAGGCCUGGUGUCAAAAACUUGUUUUCUUUUUCGAUCUGCGGGCAAUGUCAAAUCGUGCCAACGUAGGUGGCUGGCUGAAGGGAAAAACCGUGAGGAAAGGCGGCAUAACAUCAAAUGCACACACCGCUCGCUCCAGCACACCUCAAGUUCAAAGCACUUCCUCCACCCUUUUCAGCGGAGGCGUUAAAGAUGCAUCUGGGAGAACCACCGAAUAUUUCUCUAUGGACGACCAAUGCCCCGUAUGCAAAUCUGAUCGAUACUUGAACCCCAAGCUCCGUCUUCUGGUCAGCUCUUGUUACCAUAAAAUGUGCGAGUCAUGCAUCGACCGCUUGUUCACUUUAGGACCCGCCCCGUGUCCUAUCUGCCAAAAGAUCCUACGAAAACUUGCAUUUACUCCACAGACUUUUGAAGACCUUACUGUGGAAAAAGAAGUCGCCGUACGCAGACGAAUAGCCAAGGAGUUCAAUAAACGACGCGAAGACUUCUUCGAUCUUCGCUCCUACAAUGAUUAUCUUGAAGAGGUGGAAGAUAUUACUUUCAACCUCAUCAACGACGUUGACAUUGCCCAGACUGAGGCUCGAAUACUAGCUCAUCGGCGUGAAAACGCAGCUCUUAUAGAACUCAACCUUCAGCGGGAAGAACAAUACGCCCAAACUUUGAAAGAACAAGAAGAGUUAGAACGUCAGGAGAAAGAACAGCGCGCACUAGAGCUGCGAAGAGAACAGGAGAUAGAGCGUGAGGAACGAGAAACAGCCCAACGCGAGAUCAUCGAUCGCCUCGAGACUAGCACAAAGAGUGCCGCCAAGGUCAUCGCUAAAUCUCGUGCCGAAGCCAUGAAGAGAUCAUCUGCUCGUUCUACUACCACCACGGUACUAAGAAGCAAUGCCCAGCUCUUGCGUGCACGCGCUGCUCAAAGUACUGUCAUUCCAGAUCCACCACACGUCCCCUUGCAGGACGAUUGGUAUGCUUACGAGGAUCUCUACACCAUCCGAGAUCAGUACGAUGACAUGUACAGCGACGCGGUAAGAAAGGAUCGUGAAGGAAUCAUGAGGGCGGGAGGAUAUCGGGUCGAGGAAGCUUGGGACAGAGCCCUCAGAUGUGCUGUUGCUGGAUUGGAUUUACCAUCUCUGUCAGGGCUGAACCCAUCGCCUGGACGGACUAACAGUGUCCUAACAUCCGCCUGAAAAUCGAUUGCAGCGAGGACACCUUAUCAGUAGCGCCGAAGGCCAUACUCCAAAAACAAUCGCUGCAUCGAUAUUCCGCAUGAAAGGCAGCGCAGCAUCUCUGUAAGUCAAAUGCCCUCUGAAAAUUGUGAAGUUAGGAAUGUCUCUUUUUGUUCGGCCAAGGACGAUGGGAAUGACAGCGGCUUGGCGAAGAAUGUUAAUAAAGGCCUAAAUUUAUAGGGCCAUCUCUAUCACAAUGAUUGUGGCCUACAAAUGGAUUAAUUCGAUUUCCUGUGCUUGUUGCU